UACCUAACAGUCUUACAUGCACCCUAACCACCUUUUCUUUCUCCUCUCAACUCCCUUCUCGCCCUUGCAUUGUUUCUACCAAUCUGCAGCUGCAACAGAGCACAAGAUUAAGUGGAAGAUGCAAGGUCACGAGAAGAUUGCUGCUCUGAAGCCUGUGGCCUCCAGGCCUUUCUCAAGCUUCUGGACCUACUUAAAGCUCCUAAAAGACUUCACCGCCACUGGUUCUGCACCAAUCACCGUCCUGGAGGAGACAAAUCUAAUUAGGCCAAAGACAACACGGUUCACAUCGGUACCGAGUAAUCUUCCGACAGAAAUAACUGCAACCACAUUGCAGGAUGCUGGUCCAGGUACCACACUUGAAGACAUGGAAGAAGAUACAGAACAGUUCGUCUCUUGUGGCCCUCUGACAACAUGCCACACUAUCAGGAAGCCUAUGAGCAGUGUGAAGAACCGUUUGCCAUAUGAUGGCUGCAGCUGGAGGAAGUAUGGGCAGAAGCAAGUGAAAGGGAGCGAGUUCCCACGGAGCUACUACAAGUGCACUCAUCCAAGCUGCCCUGUCAAGAGAAAGGUGGAGACAGCAAUAGAUGGACAGAUUGCUGAAAUUGUAUACAGCGGUGAGCACAACCACCACAAGCCUCAUCCUCCCAAGAAGAUGUUGUCAUCGCCAAGUACAGAGGUUGUGGUCGUGGACCUGCAUGGUACGAACUAUGCAGGACUAGAAAACCAGAUAGGAGGACGCAAUUGGCUCCUGGUACUGCUGUAAUAGCAUCUGGAGGCAGUUCUAAUUGCUUUGACGAAGUGUAAAAAAAUGAGUGAGCUCACUGACAACAAGAAAAGCACAAAGGAGAAGCAAUCAAGUAACGCAAGCAACCUAAAUUCACUUCCGAGGUAAUAUUUCUCUGAAGAUUCGCUACUGUGCUAUAACUAAUGGUCAGGGAGAAGUGUAUGCGUCUGUAGCCCUGAACCUAGUUGCUACUCCUUUUGGAUUUAACCAUGUCCACAACUUUAUAAUCCUAUUAUCGUCAGGUGUCGUAUCUUUUUUUUGGCUUGUUUCUAUUCUAGCACAUAGAACUGCACAAGUUGGCCCGAUGGGUACGGUGCUUAGCAACUAAUGGCUCACUUGGUAGGGCUGAAACAAAGUAGAAAUUGAGACAUGAGGUAGCGUUACAAUAUGAGCG